GUUGAAGAGGAGAAUGGGCAUCUAGUUGGCUCAGACAAAAGCUGCAAGCAGAUUACAGUAUCGGAUGUGCUCUGUGCAGAAUGCAAGCAAUUGCUUUUUUGUCCCGUUGCUCUGAAUUGCAGCCAUGGUAUUCUUUACAUUCUAUUGCGAAUCUUGCAUUGUGAAUCCAGUUGAUGAAAAGAUCAAAUGUCAAGUUUGUCAAAGCCGACAUCCAGGGGGAUUAUCAGAAGUUUGUUUGGAGCUGGAUCACUUUUUGGAGCAACUGUUUUCUGAAGAAUAUGCUUUGAGGAGAUUAGCUGCACGGCGUAGACUGAGUAUCUCAAAGAAUGAUAGCCCAAAAUCCCGUAAUAACAGAGGUGAUAAACAACAAAAAAAUUCAUCAAUGAAAAAUGAUGCUGCGAUGAUCCAUGCGGGAGCUGGCUGCGAUUACUGUGGGAUGCAUCCAAUAAUCGGGGAUAGAUACCAGUGUCAGGAUUGUGUCGAGAAGAUUGGCUAUGAUCUCUAUGGAGAUUGCUACAAUUCCCAUUGCAAACUCCCCGGCCAGUUCAACCAACAACAUCGACCGGAGCACAAGUUCAGACUCAAAAAGCCAAGAACCUCGCGAAACUAUAUGUUGAGGUUGGUAACAGGGCGGCUGCUGGACGAUGGCUCUGCUGCUCUCGUCCUCUCUAAUGACGGUUCAGAAGAUGGAACCGCAUUGACCACUCCCGCUUUCCCGAGUGAUGUUUGGGAAGAUGCCGUGAACAGUCUGGCGAUAUCCUUUGUAAUUGAAGACGGCGGCGCAGGUUCAGAACAUCAGAACAAUUCCCAGUCUAACUCUAACUGA